AAGGAAGUUCAGGGCCCCAAAGAGGACCAGAUCCAGACCAGAGCGAGUGAGACGCAGAGGAGCAGACCAAACAUGAGGCUGUUUGUGAGUCUAGUUCUGAUCCUGGCUCUGAGCAGGACCAGAGCAGAUCCCAGUCCAAAUCUUGAGUCCAGACCAGAGACCGAAGCUGAGGCUGGACCAGAGACCAAACCAGAGACCAAUCCGGAGCCUGGGUCUGAGGAGUGCCGCAGACUGAACACUCGUAUGUCUCUGGAGGACAAGUCCCCGGUCUUGGGGCGGUUCCACUUCCUGCUCGGGUUCGCUAAUCACAGCCUGUAUAGAACCAUCCUGAACAUGACCUCCAGCGUCUGGGUCAACGUCACAGAAACCCAGACUGGAAUAGCACUGAACCAGUUCAACAAGAUGAAUGGGACCUGUGUCAGGUCGGCGGCAAACGCAACAAUCAACGGAGACAUGGUCAAAGUCGUGAUGUACAACAUCACAAGUGAGUUCCAGUUCUUGACCCUUAGUGAGACCUCGAUGGUGCUGGACAUCAAAGCCUUUUCCCCCGAUGUUCGAGACUUUGCCCAGAAGCUUCACAUAGACCAUACUCACUUUGGCCCCGAGCUGAGAGUGCGCAGCUUCUACCUCAUGAGCAGACGGCCUGAUGUGAGUGACAAAGACCUGCAGCUGUUCAGAGUCCACGCCUAUUGUGAAGGAUUCAAAGAAGAACCACACUACAGCCAUAAUAAGCAUGAGUACUGUUCAGAGGAGGAGUCGAUUGUUUUCUGAGGAUUCUUCGGUG